AGGAGCGGAGAGGAGGGCUGCCCCCGAGGGCAGCCCCGCGGAGCGCGGCGCGGCGGGGCCCCGCGGGUGGAUGACCGCCGGUGCCGGGGCUGGCCCGGGGCUGCCCGGCCGGGCUGUGCCCUGGCAGGGGAGCGGCGGGGUGCCGGGGGGCCCGGCGGCUCCGCACGGAGCCGGGCCAUGCCCAAGCCCAUGGAGAAGUCCCAAAACUUCCGCAUCGAGGCGCUCCUGGCUGAAGAGCCGGCGCGGAGCACUUCCCCGCCGGGGCUGAGCCCCGGGAGCCCCGCGGCGAGCCCCGGCCCCGCCGGGCGCUCCGACACCCCCUCGCCGCGGGCGCCCCCGGCCGCCGCGCCCCUCGCCCCGGCCGGCUUCGUCCCUAAGCCCGGCUUGCUCCACCUCCCCGGCCCCGGGCUCGGCGCCCUGCCUGCCCUCUACCCGCCCGCCAUGUACCCGCUCCCGGCCCUGGGGGGCCAGCACCCCGCUUUCGCCUACACCGGCAUCCCCCACCUGCCGCCGCCCGGCGCGGAGCACUUGAAGGCGGCCGUGGCCAGCUCCCUCCCACUGGAGCACUGGAUCCGAGCCGGGAUGCUGGUGCCGAGGCUCUCCGACUUCCACGCUGCCCCACAGUCUGGCUUGAUGGGGAAGUGCCGUCGGCCCCGCACAGCCUUCACCAGCCAGCAGCUCCUGGAGCUGGAGAACCAGUUCAAGCUCAACAAGUACCUGUCCAGACCCAAGCGCUUUGAGGUGGCCACGUCGCUGAUGCUCACCGAGACGCAGGUGAAGAUCUGGUUCCAGAACCGACGCAUGAAGUGGAAGCGGAGCCGCAAAGCCAAGGAGCAGGGAGCUCAGCCGGAGGCUGAGAAGCAACGAGGGCUCAGCAAAGCCUGUGAGAAGCUGCUGCCCGGAGAGCCCCAGGGACAAGCUACCGAAAGCCCUGAGUUCAUGGGGCGCAGCCCCAGCUCGGGCUUCCUGCACCGCAGCACUGCCGAGCUGGGCUACAGCCCGGACUCCUCCUGCUCGGGGGGCGAGGAGGAAGAGGAAGAGGAGGAGGACGAGAUGGGUGCCAUGGAGAGGAAGAUUGGCUCUGUGUUGUGAACGGCAGAUGGAGCUGGCAGGGGAGAGGGGCCAGGCUGCGGUGUUGGGGGUCUCUUUGCUGGCAGACACAGACUGUGCCUGGGUGGAGCAGGGGGGGCUGCAGGGCACCUGCCCCCCUUUAACUUAUGUGUGUUUGGAUCCUAUUUAACUCGUAAUUAUUCCUCUGUGUGUAUCUGGGGGAGUCCCCACAUCCCUCCCCUAUAAAGCUGUUAUCCAGA